AAGAAGUUUUGGCAGACCGAUAAACGCAAAGGGAAGCGCAUCAGCUGGGGCUUUGAGAACCUCAACGAGGGUCAAGGGUGGACGUUCAGCAUGCUCCAUGAUAACGACAUUGCGAGCUGGACCUUGCAGAAUUUGGGGCAACCCGAUAAAGUCAUCUGGGAUCGCAUCAACCAACCUAUCCUGCACGCUGAUCUAUGGCGAUACCUCAUUUUGACUCUGCCGACAUACGGAGGCAUCUAUUCUGACAGCGAUACGCAGUGCCUCAAACCCUUUUCAGCAUGGGGACGUAAUGCCACAUUUUGGUCAGUCAGCAACCUCUCCUUGCGUCAGGUGACCCGGCCGCCCAGCGUCAUCUUGGCAGUGGAAGCAGAUGUGGGGAGCAAUCAAGAGUGGUUCAAGUGGUGGGCGCGACCGCUGCAAUUUGUCCAGUGGACGAUGGGCAGCGCCCCGGGUCACCCAAUCUUUAUAGAUCUGCUGCGAAGGAUCAACAGCAGACCUAGACCGACAGACGCAUCGCUGCUACCGAUCUUUGAGAAGAUGGAGUCGCUGCUAGCCGAAGCCGCGCUGCUGGAGAGCACGCCGCUGGUGGACAGCGACACGCAAGGCGAAUUGUCCAUCAUGGAGUUGACUGGACCGGGCGUCUGGACCGAUUCGGUGGUCAAUUACCUCAAAGUGCGCUAUGGCCUCGAUUGGACGCGCUUCAAGGAUUUGGAACAUCCUGUGCGGGUAGGCGAGCUGGCGAUUUUGCCGAGAACAGCUUUCAGUCCUGGUGUGAAUACGCCCGGUUUCGGACCAACCUGGGACGACGAGGCCAUGGUCUAUCACGAGGUGAGCCGAAAGAGAUUGCUGCGCGAGCCGAAUGAUGGCGUGUUGUGCUGA